AGAUCUAGAUUAUUAGGAUAGAAUAUUAUAGAUCAUUGUCUAGAUCUGGAUAUACCAUGGAACUAUACUAAUAUAGAGCCUAGUACUGUCUAGUAGUCUAUACUAUAUAUGAAACAUGCCAUAAUAUGGGUAUAUCUAUAUGAUGUGCUUUGUGAUCAAUAUAGUUGAAAUUUUAGAGUCAAAUUCAUACUCGUGAAAAAGAGCUAGCUCACUUAGUGUGACUUAGCUGCAACUGCCAGGGAGUGUACAAUGACCGAAAUGGCAGUAGUAGAUCUAAAUGAUGGUGGUUUAUCUUUAAAUUCUUUCAAAGAAAAAACUCAAGUUUGGGCUUCAAAAGAAAUACAGCUGAAGAAUCUGCAGGAAGAAAUCCUUAACAAACGUGAAACACUACUAAGAACAUCAAAAAACUUCUUGCAAAGAGUUUCUAUUGAUGAUCUUCCAGUCAGUGAUUCAGAAGCUUCUUUACGAAAUACAGCAUUGAAACAGCAUAUUAAUGACUUAGAUGCCAAAAUAGAUGAAAGUCUCAGUGAACAACAAAGUCCAAGGUUUUCCUAUUUACAAACUAACUAUUGGUCCAUGGUUAGAAAUAUGUUUCCUAUUUGGAAGAAAUCCUUGGAAGAAUUAUAGUGAGUUUCUUCAAUCAAGUUAACACUAGCCCAAAGAAAUGUGUAUAAAACAUGAUUGUUCAAAGAUAAAUUAAUCCUAGAUUAUUUGUUACAUUACAACAUUCUUGUAUUUUUAGUUUGGGCAUGGCACCAUUUCGAUCAUCAAAUGCCAGUCCAUAGCGCAUACAACAUGAUCAGGCAGUACGAGGAUUACCUGCUAUUUCACUCCCAAACCUAUGUUUGAUACUAUUAAAACUUGAUUGGCUUUGGCUAGCCCACUUUCAGAUUCCCAGUCUUCAGUAGAGUCUGUCAAUAUAACCCAAAUAUAACCCAAACUAAUAGUACUUGUGGUCAUUAGAAGUUAGAUACUAUCAUAAAUUAAAGGUACCAGUAUUCAAUAAAUUUUGUAUUGCACCAGUAUAUCUUUCUUCUUUUAAAGUAAUCAACUUAGUAAAAAUUAAAGAGCUAAUCAUCUUAUAUUUUUAACCAAAUUAGAGAGAGGAUUAUCAUGACAAUUCAUAAACUCAAGUUUCAUUCAUUCAAGAUUUAUUUAUUGUAUAACUUAUAAUUUUUACUGUUUUUUUUUCUAAUUUUAAUGGAAAUUUGAAAAGAUAAAAAAUGUAAAUGAAAACUUGUGUCCAAUGUGAAUCUGUUAAAAAUUUAAAUAUCAAUGUUAGAUUUACUGGUAUUAUAAAUAUUCAUAUGCAUACAUUAUAUUGUAAUUUUGACUUUUUAAAUAAUAAUUUUACUCUUGUUAAAAAAUUGUUCAAAAUUAAAUGUAGUUUGAUCUGUGAUUUUUUUUCUUAAUACUCAACUUUUUAAAAUAACUAUAAUAUAGUUUAGAGUGGUUGGUUCUUUUUACUCUAAUUCAGUUGUGCUGUAACUUGUCACACAUUUAUUCUUAAGUGAAACUCAUUUCAUUUUAUAUUGUAAAGAGUCCUCUAUUCUUUAAAUUUUCAAAAUUAUUAUAGAAUCGUUUUUAUAAUUCAUUUAUUAUUUUCAUUUCAACAUUAAACAAUAUCCAUCAAACAUUUGUUUGAAGAUUUAACUAAAUAUAAUUUGUAUAAUCUUUCUUAUAUCUUAUAAAUUACUGACUUUCAUUCAAAAACGAUAAUUAUGUUUUAUGUAUAAUUUUGUUAAUCUAGUCAUGCAUGUUAAUACAUUCUGUUGUCAUAGGUUUUCAUAGCUGACUCCUAGGCAACUCAUUCAACACAUUUCAUGCACUAGGUAAGAAGGAGUAUUUGCAAAUUUUUACUACCAUAUGGAAUAAGAGGUGUUCCUUUUAUAUAAUACUUGAAAAUUACUGAAGUAUCAGUAUCACUAUAAAAAAUCAUGUUAUAUGAUUGCAGCUUUUGUUUUUAAAACUAACAGUAAAUGUAAAAAUGUUUGCAAAUUGUUUUACAUGUUUCGGAUGUUCCUUCAGAGCUGAAGAUAAUCUAAUUCCUUGUCGAACCUCCUGCAAGACAAUGGGGGAUGACAGUGAGCGGGGUAUGAACCAUUGCUAUAGAGAUGACUGAUGUUGUGGCUCUUCUGCCGUGUCAAAUUCAAACAAUGAAAUAAACAGGAGGUAACCUACAAACACCGGCGAAAUGCCAAAGCAAUCAAGAUAGGUAGUUGACACUAGUAAUAAAAUAGGAAACACUUUUAAUCCUCAAGAAGGGACCCGUCUAAUGUCCUCUGUUACUAGCCGUCUGGAUAUAACUUCUUAUUUUCACUGCCCUAAUGAAAAGCGUCUUGUUGAUAGUCUUGAAUAGAGCGUUCUUGCUUUUUAACAAACUUUACGUCAUCGUCAAUAAGUAAAACUUUCUCCCUAUUCCCGAAACAAAUAACUAAAUCCUAAUCAUGUCAUAACACUGAACGACAGUCCACCGCUCAUACAGCACUACCAGGCAACAUAUUGUAACGACUAGUGCAAAUGCAGCCUUUGUCUGCUGGAUUCCUUUUUUUUUUUGGGGGUGGGAUGAACAUAUUUUUUAUGCACCAUUUCAUUGUCUCCACGUUUCUGAGCUAGUACUUUCUACUUCUCAUCAUAAAUAUGAUAGCCUCAGAACUAAUCAGAAGCAGUUCUUAAGAUUUCUAUUCUUCUUUUUAGCUAAUGCUGCUUUUUGCAUCCAUUUAUCCCUACCAUGAUUAAUGUUCUGCUUCAUUGGCUAGAACAUUAUUAUUUGUGAUACAUAUUUCAUUUUAUUAAGUAAUAUAAUUACUUUUUUAAUAUUUUUUUUAAUGGAAUUUUCUCAAUUAACAGCCUCUCCAUUAACAGCUAUAUUUGGAAUCUGCAAUGUUAACAACCAGACAAAUUGUAUGGCUUGGUUGUUAAUUUUUAUUUUUAAAAUCAUUUUAUGGAAAAUAAAAAUUGUAUACACACCAUU